UAACGAUAUAUUGAAAAAGUAUAUAUUGGGAAUGAGUUCAACCUCUACUCAAUCAAAUCCUUGAACAUGUACGCCAAAAUCGCUUUAGCAGCUUUACUCGUAUGUGCUCUGUACAGCAGAGCCUACGGUAAUUUAGUAAGUUGUGAAGAUCCCGAUGAACCCGGUUUGCUCGUUAGUAAGAUUUAUGAAGAACCUCCAAAAAAAAGUAAUUUCACACUGAGGGCACCGGAAUAUGGAGAAACAGAGACAGCUAUCUCCUGUAUCUUCUUUGAUUCUUCAGAAAACUUCAAUGUUGUAAUAACAGACGGUGGUCUUGGUAAGAACUUUGUAGAGUUGCAAAUUUCUCCAAUCGAUGAGGUCGAAGACGAUCAUCACCACCAUGACGACCGCGAUGACAAGUACUAUUACGAAUUGAACGUAUACAGAAAGCCUAACUAGUUGAAUAUGUAUAAAUUAUAAUGUGAAGCGGUUAAAAUGUUUAUUGUGAUAAAUAAAUAAAUAACAUUUUUCGCUA